AUGGCGUCGUACGUCGACCCCUUUACUGAAGAGCCCAAACAGGUCCUACCAACAUUGGGCGAGCUCUACGACAUUGACUCGGUACCUGGCCACCCCAAUCAAGCCAAUAUGGUUGAUGCGCGGGCCUCUACGCUUGAUCACUCUGAGUAUUUCCAACUGCCACCAUCAAUAAACCACGCGGCCCGUCUUAAUGCUCACUUUGUUGUUCGCGAGACUGUAAGCGAGACAAACCACAGGUGGCGACCAGCGACCGAGUUUGACGAGCCUGUCUGGGGGUGGGUGGUCGUUAAUUAUGUUGACCGCGGGCUGCAGUUCUUCCUCCCUGAUGGUACUUUCUACCGGGAGGUUCGAACAACGGCCAGCGACGUCAGGUGGCUUCCAUUUGGCGACCCCCCCGAAUUUGAUGCCUCUAGUGAGACGCAGCUCGCCGCACUGAUCAAGCGGCUCGUGAACGAUGACGACACAUACCUAGCGGCAUUUAUAGACAUGAUCAUGUCGGCGCUUGCCAACACAGUGCCUCCACCUAGUGCUUAUAGCCAGUCCUUGAACCCAUUGGUUGGGCGGCCUUUGGCGCUUGCCAACAUGGGCUGGUCACUGAAGCUGGCGACCAAUCCCAACCGAAACGAGUCGGAUCUGAAGAAGCAGAAUCAGGCGCAGCGCCAUCGUCCUUAUCUUGAAGGCGAGGGCACUAAGCAAUAUAGGUUUGCGCUCAAGUUUGGAGACGACGGGCUAGUGGGGUACUUCAAGACGCUUAAGACCGAUGAGAUAUCCAAGGCCGAUGUGCCCAUAGAGCCAGGACAUGAUCUUGAUCUUGAUACAUUCUACACGUAUUUCCACAGCAAAAAAGUGCGCGAAGAUGGCCGACCUCUAUCACCCAUCGACGCUACCAAAAACCCAGAUCUACCGGCAUUUUGGCUGGACCCCAUGGACUACGACUCCUCCAAGACAACUACCAACUGGGAAGAGGUGUCUCGGCGCUAUGAGGCUGACCGUAACCGGCAACUACAAAUUUUUGGUGCGCUUUUCGAUCCCUUCGCCCCGAUAACGGGGUUCUGCAGCAUCCUCCCUAAGCGGCGGCUCAGUCUGGCACCCUGGGCUUGGGAGACAGCGCUCAAGCGCAUGACAACCUUCUUUCAUGCGGGCCGUAAAUGGUGA